GCUUCGCUCUGCUCUCCCGAAACUUCUCCGUGUUGGGGACGCGCUGCUCGGCCUCCCGUGCUGUCCGUUUCCUUACGCUGCUCCGCGUCGGGAUGUUUCCCGCGUAACUUUCUCUCUGUUUUCACCACGUUCGUGAAGCUGAACUGCACGGAGAGGAGCCCGGAAGCGCUUCGCUUUGUCUGUAUGAGCGAUGUGGGGACCCAGCCUGGUCGGGCACCGAGCGGAGACGUGGUUCCCUGCGGAAGCUGAAGGCAGAAGGGAGGCGGCCUGCUCCGCGCGGCUGUGGGCAGAGUGCUUCUGUGUAACCGGCAGGGCAUGUAACGAUAGCUGAGCCCUGGGCCAUUCUCGGCACCCUCCAUGCUCUGGGCUGAGCUGGGAUGGUCGGUUUGCUCACAGUUCUGCCCGAGGAGUGGUUCCAGCGCUGGAGCAGCGCGGUGCUGCCAAGCGAAAUUGGCCUCAUCCUUGGGUCGUUGUGCUGCUGCCCACAGACAUCUGAGCGGUGGCACUGAGAGAAGCCAGCCCCUGCUGGCGCCUGCUGGGCUGGGUUUGCUGAGCUCAGACAGUGGAGCUGUUUGACUGUGAAGCCUGGGAUACACCGUGAGCAUUGCGUGAAGUCAGGGAGGUGGCACACGUGUCCACGUGCUGCUUGGCGGAAGGCUGAUGGCCAUCAGUGCCGGCUGCUGUCCAGGAUCUCCAUCCAUGCUCACGAAGGAGAGGUUGUGCCCUCAGUGUUUCAGAGAGUUGAAUCUCAUAACGGCCAGGCUCGGAGGCUGUGCUGAGUGCCUCUUCCCACUGUGGCAGGAAUACAGUGGUAGCCCUGUUCUGUACGAUGUCAUUAAUGCAGCACUUCUCUUUCUAGGUGGAUGUGGAACAUCUCUGAGGAAACAGCUGACCUGACGCCUCUUUCACAAAGGAGUAUCUUUGGCACGUACCUUUAGUUGGGAGAGUAAAGAGGAGCCUCGCUUAGGAAACACCGCAGUCGGGUAACCGUGGGCUCCCUUCCAAGGUGGGACGUAAGCGCUUGGAUCUCAUCACACCAAGGAGACACUGAAUUGUAGGCAACAAUGAAUCAAACAGACAAAAGUCAUCAGGAAGUCCCGUCCUACCUCCAUGAUGAACCACCAGAGGGUUCAAUCAAAGACCACCCCCAGCAGCAGCCCGGCGUGCUCUCUCGUGUGACUGGUGGCAUCUUCAGUGUGACAAAGGGAGCUGUGGGUGCCACGAUCGGGGGUGUUGCUUGGAUUGGAGGGAAGAGCUUGGAAAUUACCAAAACAGCAGUCACAUCAGUGCCUUCAAUGGGAGUGGGGCUGGUCAAAGGAGGUGUUUCUGCUGUGGCUGGAGGUGUUACAGCAGUAGGAUCUGCUGUUGCAAGCAAAGUGCCUUUAACAGGAAAAAAAAAGGACAAGUCUGACUAAAGCCAAAACAGAGACAUACUUGAUUUUCUAGAAUAUUACCUUGGUGGCAUUAAAAUCUUCUAAGAUUUGGACCAUGAGAAGCCAUGUGUCUUAGACACUGUCUUCUGAAGAGAAAGCUGAUUUCAUCCAGAAAGGACAGAAGAAGCUUGGCUAGCACAGCAUAUGAAGAUUUGUUACGGCCUAGUUUUCAAGCUUUGUACCUGGUGGAAUGUUACACUUGAUAACUAUAGGAGCGAGUGUGUGUGUCUGAAGGGGUAAUGCAUACUGAAUAAGUCUUCUGCAGUUUUGGACUGAAAUGUGAACUUAGAAACUUAAGUUGAUAAUCUGCCGUGCCAUCAGUUUGAUGAGGUGCCACUUACUGUCCUCAGUGGCUUCCGCACCCUCCUGCUAAGGAUCCUUGAGCUGUGUAAUGGCACCAUGGGAUGUGCCUCAAUAGUUAGUUAGGAAACAGUACUUGCAGACAGCCUGACAGUUUUCAAUGACUGCAUUCUGCCAUUGCAGACUGGAAGCAAACAGAUUGGAAAUGAGAGGGAGAUGGGAGGUGAGAAAGUUUGACAGCGUGGUGCAAGGGAUAAUGACAGUUAACUUAAUGCCUUACUAGAAAAGAAUCUUGCUUUAUUAGGUGAAGCUUUGUAAAGAGCUCUCCUGUUGUUUCUGUGCAGUUCAUUGAACAAGCUUCAGAGACUCUGUGACUCACAUACCUGAAACUUGCUCAGUUUUUAGUGAAUACAAAACUGCUAAAUCUCAGGUGUAUUUAAUGAUAGGCAUCUGUCUCCUGCAAGUGGAGACUCGCUUUGAUCAGCUUCUGAGAGACACCAGAAAAUAAUGAUGGCUUAAUGGAAGUGAGCAAGUGGUUUUGGUCAUCUAACACAGCUAUGUAACUUGAAAAAUUGCUUUGUGUAGCUGGAAAACACUGAAGAACCAGUACAGCUGUUGUCUCAACUCCAUGAUGUGCCAGGUUAGCUUCUUGCUCUGUUCAAACGCAAUAAUUUUUUCACUACAUCUUUAUCUCAUGCUUAGCAUUUUGAGUAAAAUGCAGUACUUUUAUUUAAACCAAAAAUGGCAUCUGAGCUCCCUUUUAAAAAAAAAAAAAAAAAAUCAUCUGAGUAAGCUGUUUACUGACAAAUGCCAAACUUUGACACUCCUCAUAUGGGAACAUCUGUAGGUCCUCCGCAGUGUAUGAGGCAAAUUGCACUCCAAGGACACAGCUUGAGGUUGCCUUAAAGUAGAAGCUGCUGGUGAUCUUUUUUUUGUAUGUGUGCUGACUUUGCAAAUAAGAAGGCUGUGAACGUUGUAUAUGCAGUAUUUUCUAAAAAGUUGUGUUCCUUCCAAAAACUUCUAAGCUUAUAAGCUUACUUUUCAGGUAGCUGUGGUUGUUCAAGGGUAUAUAGAAACUUUUUAGAAAUUAAAGAAAACAAAAAAGUAUAUUACGUGUCUAAAACUUGCUCCUGUAUUCAUGGAUGUUCAAUGUAAACUGUGCACAUGAUGGUAGAGUGGUAACCCUGUCUUUCUGAGCCAUUGGUACUUCAGCUGCAGUCUGGAACAGCUGUACAGGCGAUCAGUAAUGAUUAUGUAUUGCUAGGUUCUCUGACUGGGGCAGUGGGGAGAGCAAAACCCUGCAGGUGGACCUCUGCUCCUUUUCUCAGUUGCACCAGUUGCUUAUCUCUGAACUGCUGGAAGUGUGUCAUGAGGUAAGGUCAAGCAAUAAAUGCAGUCCUUAACUAUUUUUAUAGUCAGAAGGUGACGGAAUGCCGCGUGGUUUGCAGAUCCCAGAUAGCUGCAGGAAUGAGCACCUCAGACACCAGCAGCAGUGGAGCUGCUGCGAAUUAUUGAGCCUGGUGUAGUUUCCAGUGUACCCCAGGGCACUACCAGUGAGCACUGCACGCCAGCUGUUUGGGAGCAUAGCAAGAUUUGUAACACUCAACCCAACCCUUCACUGUUUUCUGAACACUCAAACAUUGAACUUGUCUUACCCCUUUUUUUUUUUAUGGCAUUCUUUAAUUUUUAUGCUAUGAAACUUGCUGCAGAACAAGCGUGUUAGGAGAGAUGCAAUGUUAGAACUGUAAAAGGUUGCCAGCGCUUUGGUAUGUUUUGUUCUUCGCAUGUCCUGUAGUUAUUACUUCUGAAUCUUGUAACUGAAAUGUUUUACCAUGGCGUAUGGUUUUAAUCUUUGAGAAAAGCUUUUUCCUGUAUUCUGCAUAUUUUUCAUUCACUUAAGAAGGUCCCUUCUUUAAGAACUUGUUCUGACUGUCCUGACUCUUGUGAAACAUUAAAUUGUUGCUGUUUCAGACUUA